AUGUCACUUCGUCGAAGGUCGUGCGACGCAUGCUUCAAAAGGCGUCAAAAGUGCGAUCGCUCGUCUCCCGUCUGCAUGACCUGCCAGAGGCUCAACAAGCUCUGCCACUAUCCACUUCCACCACCUGAAUCUGCUGAUAAUGCAACGCCAUUUUUCCAGGAAGUAGGAAACGGUAUUGCUGUCUACCAGCCUGCCCCUGACCAAGGAGCAUUCCCUGAUUUAUUCACUAGCUACGUCUCCGAUGAUGUUGAUCAAUUUCUUGAGCAAGAACUAGGCUUAGGUCACGAGAGUCUCGAUCUCAACCUGGCUCAACCCACGCCUUCACAAGUGAUCUCGCUGGAGGUGAUGAGUAUUAUGAUACCCAACCUGCUAGGCCCUCUCGGCGACUUACAACCCUUGAUGGGAAACACACAAACCUGGCAAUGGGUGAUUGCACACUUGAAAGCUUGCCCAGAGGAAUUUUCCCGAAGAGGGAACAAUAUCUUCCUACACGAGCAGCUCUAUCUUGGUGCAUUACCACGGCCAGUGCGAGCAGCCUUUACUGUUUCCGCUGCUGCAUGCAGGUCGAUGAACAAAGAUAAUCGGUCAAUGAUUUUCAAGGUCUUGGAUGCAGAAGUACUCGAGAUUCUCCAGCUCCCAGAUGAAGACGUGAUCCAAAACUUGGCGAAACUGCAGGCGCUCGUGUUGUAUCAUAUCAUACGGCUGUUCUAUGGCGGAGUAGAGCAACGAGUUAUGGCAGAAUUGCAGGAGAGCUUGCUGAUGACGCGGGCUCUGCGUCUCCUCCAGCGAGCUCAAUCCGAUAUUCGAGACGGCAAGCUCGAUUGGCAUAGCUGGAUUCUGGCAGAGUGUACUCGCCGGACGGUUCUCAUCACGUUUAUGCUCUGUGGUGUUUACUCGAUCUUGACUCGCGGCAUCUGCCUGGCGUUUCCCACCUUGCAAAUGUUACCCGUGUCUUCCGAAUCGACCGCUUGGAUCUCGCAGGAUGGGUAUCUUCAGCUUGCCAAUCCGAACAAGACGGUGGCGUACAGUGAAUUCACCAAUCGUUGGCUUUGUGCCCCGAGGGAGGUAGAGUCAUUUGAGAAAUUGAUGUUGGUCGCAUGCAAAGGGGUGGAGACGGUUGAAGCAUACAGUGGUUUGGGGUUAUAA